AUGAAGACCAUCAAGAGAUUGGCCAAUGGUUUCUUCUUGAACAAGGAAGUGCUGUACAAAAGGACCCCUGACCUCGGGUUGCUCGUGUGUGGAUGCCAAAGAGGCUACAAAACUGCUAAAAGAGGUGCACGUAGGGGCAUGCAGAUGAAUGGAUUCAUCCUUGCUAAGAAAAGCUUGAGGACGAGAUAUUAUGGGAUGACCAUGGAGCAUGACUCCUGUAAAUGCGUGCAAAAAUGCCAUCAGUGCCAGAUACAUGGGGAUCUGAUCAAAGUUCCCCUCACAGAAUUACACGUAAUGAGCUCUCCCUGGCCUUUCGUGGCAUGGGGAAUGGAUGUCAUAGGACCCAUUGAGCCUCCGGCCUCCAAUAGACAUCGCUUCAUCUUAGUCGCCAUAGAUUACUUCACGAAGUGUGUGGAAGAAACUUCCCACAAAGCAGUGACCAGGAAAGUCGUGGCCGACUUCGUAAAAAACAAUCUAAUAUGUCGUUUCGAUGUGUUGGAAUCCAUCAUCACAGACAAUGGUGCCAAUCUAAACAGCCAUUUGAUGAAAGAUAUCUGUGAGCAAUUCAAAAUCACUCACAAAAACUCUACUGCCUAUCGGCCACAGAAGAAUGGAGCCGUAGAGGCUGCCAACAAGAACAUCAAAAGAAUCUUGAGAAAAAUGGUUGACAACUACAAGAAUUGGCAUGAGCAGCUGCCUUAUGCCUUUUUGGGGUACAGAACGACAACCCGAACUUCCACUGGGGCAGCCCCAUACCUCCUUUUCUACGGUACAGAGGCCGUCAUACUAGCAAAAGUGGAAAUUCCUUCACUCAGGAUCAUCCAAGAGGUAGAGUUGAAAGAUGCAGAAUGGGUUAGAAAUCAUUAUGAACAACUGGCCAUGAUAGAGGAAAAGAGAAUGGUGGCGCAGACACACCACCAAUUGGCUUACUCACAGCAAAGGCGAAAGUCAAAAAUCGCUCCAAUGGAGAGGGACCAAAAGGGUCACAACAAAAUGGGUAAUAAAGACACAUCUAGCCGCAAGGGUCAAAGAGCAAAUGAGCGUAAAGAAGAAUCUGACCAAAAGGAUCACACAAAGGGUGAACAACAAAAAAUAUCAGACCGAGAGGGUCAUAGUUGA